GAACGGGAAAUGCGAGUCAUAGAUCCACUCGGUAUUUCUCUCAGUAACUUUGUUUGCCUCUGUUCUGUCCUGUUCUGUCUACCCGAGCCAACUCUGACCAGCGGCCACCACAAAGGCUUUGAGCGGGACAGGUUGAAGGAAACAGACCGAUCCUAAGGAGGUGAUGGGUUCUAUGUUCCGCAGUGAGGAGGUCUGUCUGGUACAGCUGUUCCUCCAGUCUAGUUCGGCCUACAACUGUGUCAGUGAACUGGGAGAACUUGGCCUGGUGGAGUUCAGAGAUUUGAACCCCAAUGUCAACUCCUUCCAGAGAAAGUUUGUGGGCGAGGUUCGACGAUGUGAGGAGCUGGAAAAAACCUUCUCAUUCCUGGAGCAUGAGAUCAAUCGGUCUCUGUCACCUCCUCUCAACGGUCCCCUCCGUGCUCCCUUUCCUGCCCCAUCAGCCCCCCAGCCCAGGGAGCUAAUCACUAUCGAGGAGGAGACUGAGAGGCUGGCCAGGGAGCUCAAAGAGGUGUCCAGGAACAGAGACAGUCUCAGAGCUCAACUGACCCAGCUCUGCCAGUACAAAGGAGUUCUGACCCAGACCCACUCCCUCACGGCCUCGCAGGGCCCAUCUCCUCUAGAAAUAGCAGGCCUAUUGGAGCACAAACAACAGGAUGUCCGCCUCAGUUUCGUGGCGGGUGUGGUCCACCCCUGGAAAGUCCCUUCGUUUGAGCGGUUGCUAUGGCGAGCGUGCCGUGGCUACAUCAUCGUGGAAUUCCGAGAGAUGGAGGAGCGACUUGCGCAUCCUGACACGGGGGAGAUGGUGCAGUGGACUGUCUUCCUCAUAUCCUACUGGGGAGAUCAGAUUGGACAGAAGGUCAAGAAGAUCUGUGAUUGCUUCCGCACGCAGACGUUCGCGUACCCCGACAACCCCAGGGAGAGGGAGGAGAUUCUCCAGGGACUGCAGGGCAGAAUUGAAGACAUCGGAUCUAUCCUCUCGGAGACGGAGCAGUUCCUCCAGCAGCUCCUGGCCCGGGCCGUAGUGGCGCUGCCCCAGUGGAAGGUCCGGGUUCAGAAGUGUAAGGCGGUACAGGCUGUGCUGAACCUCUGCAGCCUCUCCGUCACUGACAAGUGUCUGAUCGCAGAGGCCUGGUGUCCUGUCAGCAAGUUGCCUGAACUACAGAGCGCGCUGAGAGAAGGAGGGAGUGGUAGUGGGGUGGACUCGUUCUACAAUCGUCUCCCCAGCACAACCCCCCCUCCCACGCUCUUCCCCACCAACACCUUCACGGCAGGCUUCCAAAACAUUGUGGACGCCUACGGAGUUGCCAGUUACCGUGAGGUCAACCCAGCUGUCUAUACCAUCAUCACCUUCCCCUUCCUGUUUGCCGUGAUGUUUGGGGAUGUGGGUCAUGGUCUGCUGAUGUUUCUGGCUGCCCUCUGGAUGGUCCUGGAAGAGAAGGACCCCAAACUCAGGAACAAUGACAAUGAGAUAUGGAGGAUGAUGUUUGGAGGGCGCUAUCUGAUCCUGUUGAUGGGACUGUUCUCCAUCUACACGGGGGCCAUAUACAACGAGUGUUUUAGCCGCGGACUGAGCCCCUUCAGCUCCGGCUGGAACGUGGGGUCCAUGUUUGAGAAUGGAGACUGGAAUCCAUCAACUCUUAAAGCGAACACCUUCCUGUCCCUGGACCCAAACGUCACGGGUGUGUUCACUGGACCCUAUCCUUUUGGCAUUGACCCGAUCUGGGGUCUGUCCAGCAACCAUCUGACCUUCCUCAACUCCUACAAGAUGAAGAUGUCUGUCAUCAUUGGGGUCAUCCACAUGACCUUUGGUGUCUGCCUGUCUUUCUUCAACUACAAACACUUUAACCAGCUGAGCAGUAUUUUCCUGGUGUUGAUCCCAGAGCUCUUCUUCAUGCUGUGUCUGUUUGGUUACCUGGUCUUCAUGGUCAUCUUUAAGUGGCUGGCAUACUCCACAGCACAGUCUAACUCCGCCCCCAGCAUUCUAAUCCACUUCAUAGACAUGUUCCUAUUUGCUGAGAACAAGGAGAACCCGCCUCUCUACCACGGACAGAUGCUGGUCCAGAAGAUACUGGUGGUGUUGGCGCUGUGUUCUGUUCCAGUUCUGCUGCUGGGGAAACCCAUCCAUCAAUAUGUCACACAUAAAAGGAAACACAGACAUAUGGAGCGAGACAGACGCCCUCUUCUGGCUGAGAAGGGUUCCAUCAACUCUGUUCAGGAAGAGGAGGAGGACUUUGAUGCUGCGGAUGUGUUCAUGCACCAGGCGAUACACACCAUAGAAUACUGCCUGGGCUGCAUCUCCAACACGGCCUCCUACCUACGACUGUGGGCCCUCAGCCUUGCACACGCACAACUGUCGGAGGUGCUGUGGGUGAUGGUUCUGCGUUUGGCCCUAACCUGGCAGGGCUACGUGGGAUCGGUCAUUGUAUUUGUAUUGUUUUCCUUCUUCGCAGUGCUGACAGUUGCCAUCCUGCUGGUUAUGGAGGGUCUGUCUGCUUUUCUUCACGCCCUCCGUCUACACUGGGUGGAGUUCCAGAAUAAGUUCUAUGGUGGAACCGGCUACAAGCUGCAACCUUUCUCCUUCUCUUCUUUGAUGGCUGCCUCUUCAGCCAUGUGAUCAUUUAACCGUCCAAUAAAUUGAUUGCCAAAUGUUUAUAUUAAUCACUCACUUCCUGUGCAUUGAUUGAAUGAUUUCUCUUUUAUGUAGCCUUGGUGUUUUAUCAGAAUCAUCGGUCUAGACAGGCCUCUUAUUUUGUUUUAUCAAUGUGUUUUUCUUAUAUUGACUGAUCCUUUGUUCCUUCUUGCUUUUUCCUUGGUUCCAAAUGUCAGUGUUGUUUGGUUUAAUAACUCAGGAGAUUGUUGUCCUUGACUCACGUGUGAUUGAUCCGUUGGUAAAGAUAAGGGACACCCUUAGAAUGUGUUCUACACAUCGUGUUUGAAAUAGUGGUAGCAUGAGCAUUUGUCUGGUUGUGAGUAGCGCUUCAUGGCACUCAACAUGUUUCUUAUGACACAUUUGAAAUACUGUUAAUGAUUGUAGAAAAUAACUUGUUGAACUCAUAUAAACCAAUAAAUUGCAUUCAAAUUCUGUUUAUUCUUAAUGAAGAUGUAUGUUUUGCCAAAGAUAAACAUUUCAGGAAUUGCUUCUA